AUGGCGCGCGACAGUCCAUCUUUCCAGCGCGAUGAUCUGUUGCAAAUUGACGACCAUCUUCUCGACGAAGGAUUCGGGUUCCUCAUGUCACUUUUGCCACGGGAGCUCUUUCAAUUGUACAACGAACGCAUCAUCAUCAAUGCGAGCAUGCAUGAAUUACACCCUCAGGAUGAGAGCGAGAGCAUGGUGCUCGCCUGGGUUACAGAAUCAGAUGAACAAGUGCGAUCUUUCAAUGUAGGCGUAGAUGCCGACGCCUUCACGAAGCAUCAUUUCCCACCAUCAUCGAAACGGAGAAAGGGCGACCCACAUGUCGAGCUUGUCCGCAUAGGAAGUGCAGAGAUCGAUGCUUUCAGAAAAGUUCCACCACUUUCAUGGCACGACACACUGGACCCUGCCUACGAGCGUACGCCAGAGUGCCGCGAUCACACCAUCGCUCUCAUCAAGUAUUACCUGCUGGUCUGGGCGUCAAAGAACGAAUACGACGGCCCACUGCCACAACCCAACCAACAACAUCUUGUCGCAGCCUUUGAACGACUAAGGACCACGCAUCAUUACAGAAAUAAAGAGGUAAUUAACGAAGAUGAAGAGCGGGUAGAUGUGCAGAUGUGCUUACGCAAAGUUGAGGACUUUCGCCCUCUCGACCGUCGACUUUCAAACGGUCAACGAGAGCCUGCGAUGGUCGAUUUGAACAGGGAUGAAGCCGAAGCCGGGCAUAGCACUCGCACAAGCCGAGAGUCCUCAAGAUCCUCUCAAAAACCUGGAGAGAGCGAGCAAAGUCGGCAGCUCAUCAACGCCGCGAAACUCCCCACACCUCACCAAACCCCCAAGCUAUCAACACUAGAUAUAGACAUGGUCGACAGUACUGAAGUAUCCACUCGUGCAGCAAGCGUGGCUUCCGCUGGUGACGCUGCGCCGGGUGCCGGGCUUGCCGCAAUGAAUUCGUUCAGCACCGAUGUGACCUUGAGUCAGGAGACGGAAGCACUUAUUCGACAGUCUCUCCCGACGCCAGAUACGCUGAUGGAAGAGGCUAUUGUCGAAACUGAUCCCACGUUGAGGGACAUCCAUAAGAAGAUGGGGCACGACAUGCUGUCGCUCCUGCCGCCUUUGGCGACCUGCACGUUCAAAAAGAUCCAGAAACCGGGCCCAGGCUUCCUCAUUCUACGCCUCCUUCUUGGUACAUUCCAAGAAGACACAUCACGACCGGAGCUCAAAGACUGCGAGGCCUGGGCUGCUUUCAAGAUGCACGACAAAAACGACCGUGCUGCUCCACGCAUGCACGUUCACGCCUACCGUGCCGACACCGACCAGGUCAUCGAUGAUGACCUGAAAAUCAAAGAUGUCCUGCCUGAUCUGAAAUUAGGCCCAGCUUUCAACAGCAUUCAAGGUGGAGAUCGAGCCGAAGAGCUUUUGUUGAAAGCGUUAGUCAAGUAUUUUUUCAUCAUCGCCGCGAGAGACAAGUUGCUCGGAUUCGACAAGCACAAAAUGCCCUACAACGGUUCGUUUGUGGACCAGCUCAAAAUCGCUUGCAAGCGACUCCAGAUGCACGACACAUCGAGAAAUGAUCAGCGCGCACACAGCCGGCCUUUCAAGCGUGUUAAGCGAUCUCACAACCCUACCCCAAGAGCCUCCGCAUCACUAUCCGAUGCAGACGAUGAUGUUCCGGCGAUACGUACGCGCGAUGCGCGACGAUCCGGACGCCGAGUGGGCCAACCAUCAAGCGCCGCCGUUAGCGAGAGCGAAGACAACGUCCCCGUGUUUGUUCCGGCUGUCCCCCAAUACCUCCCUCGCCGGCUCGCUCUAGGUGUGCGGAUAGUUCCACUCAUGGAGGGGCCUGCGGUGAACGAAUUUCUCGACCCCGACGCCGAACCCGCAGAUUCAGAUGGCGACUCUGGCGACGAGAUUCCACCACCCCUGUCUAAUGACAUGUGCGCCUUCCUUCAGAAACGACAUGCUUUCCGAGAGCAGAUGAAAUCUGUCGGCGAAUCAGUCAAGUACUACCGGAACCGAAAAGAAAGCACGAUCAUGGGUAUCCGCAAGGUCAAGGGCAUGCUAAACAAAAACGUCAUGGGACCCGCGGACCGUUUAGAGGCCGAACGAGGGCUUGAGCACCGCCGUAUGUGCGAGACAGCAAUAGGGACGCAUCUAGCGAUGAAAGAGUAUGCACUAGAGGGCUGGAAAGCACGGGUGAAGGAGAAAAACAAAGAAGCGGCGGAUAUUGAUCCGAAAGUUAUGGAAACAUGGGACGCGAUGUAUAAGUUCUAA